AUGCGAUUUUGGAGACGGUCGAGGCAGACGAGGCAGUUUAGCACCUUUGAAGACAAUAGUGAGGUCACAGACUUUGCUAACCAGUACGCCAGCAAUCUACGGUGGAAUCCGUUCUAUAGGGUGAACCAUUCGGGAAGAUUCCAUCCAUUCCACCCAACUCCCAACCCAUUUCUUCACCGGACUCAAGAGCAUGUGCCAAAAUGCCUGUCUCUUGUCUCCCAUUCUGAGAUUCUGACGGGACAGCGAGUGGAGAACUUCUCUUCAGAGUGCUGGCUUCAAAAUCACCUCCACCAGUUUGGUCAUUCCUCUGUUCAUGAUACCUUAAAUAACAACACAGAUCCUGCAGAGGAAGGCGAUGAUGCUGAUGAUGUUGAUGAUGAUAGCCCGGUGGGCAGUGACACAGAGAGGAACUCUGUGACAUCGCUGAAUAGUUUCGAGUUUGAGUUUGAUAAUGACAGUGAUUUGGAGGUUGAGAGGGCAGAGAAUGAACUGCCACCAGACAUUUUAAGCUACACAAUGGCCAUAGAACUACCACCGUAUAACGAUGAGCCGCCCCCCAGUUAUGAGGAAGCCGUAGCCGAAGACGAGAGGAGGGAGAGACGACUUAACUCCUCAACCAGAUCCAGAGACGCCUUCUUGUGGUGAAACUCGACAAAAUUAUAGAAAGACAACUCAACUCCACGACCAUAUCUAAAGACGCCUUCCUUGUGGUGAAACUCGACAUAAUUAUAAAUCAUUAUAACCUAUAGUGGUGCAUUUCUGUUUUGUUCGAAUCUUUGUUCUGAGAUUAUGUUGGAUUAUCUGCUGCGUUUAAUUUUUGAUUUGUUUGUUGUUAUUCUUUUUAAAGAUAUUAUGAUAGAGAAGAGUCACUGUAGAGCUUUUUGUUAAUAUUGUUAGAGUAUCAGCAUAUAUACAUUUUGUCAUAUAUAUAUAUAUACAUUAUUUGUCCAUUCCCGGAACUUUUAUAGUCUAUUCCGUCAGUAUCAUGAUAUAGAUAUGUAUAUAUAUAUGUUGUACAUCUGAAUAUUUACUCAUAGACAGCACCACCAGGUAUGAUGUAUAAAGGACAAAUUAAUUGAAAGUGUGGUCUUUGAAAAUGUAGACUAAAUAUUAACAAAUUAGAAUUAUCAUGAUAUUCCCAAAUUGUACCUAGCAGUGUUGUAGAUAUUUUCAAAUCAUUUGCAUAUAAUAACUUUAUCCAUGAUUAGUUAGGUUAAUGGCAAUUAAAAAUAUUGUAAAUCACUUAUAUAUUAUGAGACUAUUUCCAAAAUUUUGCUGAGUUAGAAUUAUUAGUGAAAAGAAUUUUUUACAGACCUUCAAUUUUUUUUUCAUCACAACAAUAUGUGAAAUUAUAUUUUAAAAACUUUAAUAUUGUUGCUUUAAUAUAACCCUGUGUAUUUAAGCUAAAAUAAGGUUCACAUAUAUAUCAAAAGUGAUUUACGAUAUCAUCACAUUUGUAGAGUUGCUAAAGUGACAUAGUAAAAAUUAUAUUUGAUUUACAGACAUCUUUUAGUGAUCUAUUUAAAACUUUCUGCAUUUGUUAAGUUUGUACAGGGGUAAGGUAACGGAUUAUUUUAGGAUGACGGGAUUAUUUUAAUGUGAUAUGUUUAUAUGUAUUUACUCUCGUGCCUUAUACCCCGUGUUUUAUUAGUGACCAUCAUCAUGGAAUUAGUAUUGUUCCUCUCUGUUGUAUUUUUCAUGGAUUGGUAUACAACGUCAAUGAAUUAUAGUAUAAUAAUAUUGAUAUCUCGAGAAACAUCCAUAGAGUUAACCUAAUGAUCUAUUCUCCACGAACUUUGACCCCCAUUAAAAUAACCGAUUCCAUGGCAAGCUAGGCCUACAUACCUGUGAUAACAUAGAGCAUUAGUAGUAUUUCUACUGAUUUGUUUUGUAAGGGUUCCUGUUGUUUUAACCGUAUUAUCUGUAUUGUAGAGUUAUUUUUACGUAAAUCGUACAUGUGAAACCUAUCGGUACUGUGUACCUGUAAAUUUUCUGCUUGUGUUAUGUUUUUGUCCAGACAAUGUUUUACCAAAUAUUGAAUUUUGUCCCCAUAAUCAAAUCAGUUUAGAGAGAUAUAAAUAGAUUUAGAUUUGUCUUGUAUUCUUUUGCCUUUAAAAGAAAAUUGGGACACAUGCAAUGUACUGUAGAUCACUUUUGUUCGUGAGACUUUAUUUUCGCGUGGAUACUAUGUUGUAAUUAUUUACGAGAUAUAACUCUUCUGCAUCAUUAUUCAUUGCUUAAGUCUUCUAUGUGUACGAGUUUAUUCAUGAGAACUAAAGUUUUGCGAAUGGCUAGUCUUGUGAAAUCGAACGUAAAUUUUCUCGUGAGUAAAUGUCAUUUAUCCACUUACCUGCCUGUAAUUUUCCUGCUGUCUACUUCUCCAUACAAUGCGUCGAGCUAUUUUUAGAAUACAAUACAGUAUCACCUUCAGUUAUUCCCCUUAACUAUAACUCUUCAGUUUUUCUCGUUGCCAUUUUGGUUUACUCCAUGUGAUCCUCAUACAAAUUUUCAUUUAAAUGUUCUUGUAAGUUGGAAUGGCCCCUUGCUUAAAAAAAAAAUUGCCUGGGGAACAAUCAUACAGAUUCAUGGGGAGGGAUUUCAAGGGUUUUCUUUCAUUUCUUAAUUCUUUCUUGUUGCCAUUUUGGUUUACUCCAUGUGAUCCUCAUACAAAUUUUCAUUUAAAUGUUCUUGUAAGUUGGAAUGGCCCCUUGCUUAAAAAAAAAAUUGCCUGGGGAACAAUCAUACAGAUUCAUGGGGAGGGAUUUCAAGGGUUUUCUUUCAUUUCUUAAUUCUUUCUCAUCUGUUGCUAAAAUUAGUAACUGUUUAUUACAUGUACAUGUUUUGUUUGUAAAUUGUAGAAUUCAUGUGCUCAAUCUCAUGGUUGUACAUACGAGACUUGUUUGUUAGUAAUACAUGUAUUGAUAAUUUUGGAGUUUUUAUACAAUUUACAAAAUAUCCCAAUUCUUCUAGGGUCCAUCUGUUGUAUUAUACUGGUAUUACCUCGAUAAAUCAUUUACUCAUUCA